AUGUCGAUGCGCUCUCUUGUCUCCGUCAGCUCGCUCUCUCGCGGAUUCUACAAGCUCCCUGCGCCGUCACUGCUGCCAUCUGCUCGCUUCUCGGUUACCCCCGGAAAAUCCUUUGCACUCCGCUCCCUCUCUGCUCGGUACAGCUUCUCUACUUCUACUGGUAGUCCGCGCAGGCCUUCUGUCAAUCGCACCCGUCUCGAGUCUUUGCGCGCGCGCCAAGUUCGACAUUGCUCACACCGAAGAGCAAACAUGUGCCGAUCGCAAGCUAUCGAUGGACUCGGCGGCGCAGCUGGCGUCCAGGCCGGCCGACAGCUCCUGCCCGCCAAUGUAGUCCCCAAGCACUACGACUUGACUCUUGAGCCCGACCUCCAGAAGCAUACCUUUGAGGGCAAGGUUAUUAUCGAUCUCGAUGUUGCUGAAGACUCCAACUCCUCGCCCAAGAUCUCAUACGAUGAGCCUAAUCACACCACCAAGAUCGAGUUUGACAAUGCCAUUUCCAAGGGUAGCAAGGCGAAGGUGGAGAUCAGCUUUUCCGGUAUCCUGAACGACAAGAUGGCCGGCUUCUACCGCUCCACCUACAAGAACCCCGAUGGAAGUGACGGGAUCUUGGCUGUGUCUCAGAUGGAGCCUACCGAUGCCCGUCGCGCCUUCCCCUGCUUCGACGAGCCCUCUCUCAAGGCCCAGUUUACCGUGACGCUGGUCGCGGACAAGAACUUGACUUGCUUGAGUAACAUGGACGUGGCCUCUGAAACCGAGAUCCAGUCCAAGACGAGCGGUACGACCAAGAAAGCCGUCAAGUUUAACCCGAGCCCCUUGAUGUCGACGUACUUGCUUGCCUUUGUCGUCGGCGAGCUCAACUGCAUCGAGAGCAACAGCUUCCGCGUACCCGUUCGUGUCUACGCGCCUCCUGGCCAGAACAUUGAACACGGUCGCUUCUCCCUGGACCUCGCCGCCCGCACCUUGGCAUUCUACGAAAAGGUCUUUGGCAUUGACUUCCCCCUUCCCAAGAUGGACCAGGUUGCCAUUCCCGACUUUGCUGCUGGAGCCAUGGAGAACUGGGGUCUCGUCACGUAUCGUGUCGUCGACCUGCUCUUGGAUGAGAAGGUCAGUGGCGCCGCGACUAAGGAGCGUGUUGCCGAGGUCGUCCAGCACGAGCUCGCGCACCAAUGGUUUGGCAACCUGGUAACAAUGGACUGGUGGGAUGGCCUGUGGCUCAACGAGGGCUUUGCCACGUGGGCCUCCUGGUAUUCUUGCAACAAGUUCUACCCGGAGUGGAAGGUCUGGGAGUCAUACGUUACCGACAACCUGCAGAGUGCUCUGUCCCUGGAUUCCCUGCGCAGUAGCCACCCGAUCGAGGUGCCGGUGAAGAAGGCCGACGAGAUCAACCAGAUCUUUGACGCCAUUUCUUAUUCCAAGGGUUCUUGCGUGCUGCGCAUGAUCUCUACGUAUCUCGGCGAAGAGACGUUCCUCGAGGGUGUUCGACAGUAUCUCAAGAAGCAUGCUUAUGGCAACACCCAGACGGGCGACCUGUGGGCUGCCUUGAGCGCCGCAAGUGGCAAACCCGUCGAGGAGGUCAUGACCAUCUGGACCAAGAACGUCGGCUACCCCGUCGUGACCGUCACUGAGAACCCCAACGAGAGCAGCAUUCACCUCAAGCAGAACCGAUUCCUCCGCACCGGCGAUACCAAGCCCGAGGAGGACAAGGUUCUUUACCCCGUCUUCCUUGGCCUGCGGACCAAGGAUGGGAUCGAUGAGGCCCUCACCCUCGACAAGAGGGAGGGCGACUUCAAGCUCAAGGACACCGAUUUCUUCAAGCUCAACGCCAACCACACUAGCAUCUAUAGGACUUCCUAUUCCCCUGAACGCUUGGCGAAGCUGGGACAGGCUGCCAAGCAAGGUCUGCUCAGCGUUGAGGACCGCGCCGGCAUGAUCGCCGACGCCGGUGCCCUGGCAAUCUCUGGCUACCAGAAGACCUCUGGCGUGUUGAGUCUGCUGAAGGGCUUUGACGCGGAGACUGAGUUCGUUGUCUGGAACGAGAUUGUCUCCCGUCUGUCGGCCGUGCAGAGCGCCUGGAUCUUUGAGGACAAAGCUGUCCGCGAUGGAUUGGAGGCAUUCCAGCGGGACUUGGUCAGUCCUAGGGCACACAAGCUCGGCUGGAACUUUUCCGAGAACGAUGGCCACAUUGAGCAGCAGUUCAAGGCUCUUCUCUUUGGAUCUGCUGGUCUGAGUGGCGACAAGACCAUCAUCGCGGCCGCCAAGGAGAUGUUCAAGCGGUACAUGGCUGGUGACCGAUCAGCCAUCCACCCCAACAUCCGUGGCAGCGUCUUCGGCAUGGCCCUGAAAUACGGCGGCGAAGACGAGUAUAAUUCGGUGCUGGAGUUCUACCGCUCGUCCACCAACAGCGACGAGAGAAACACAGCCCUCCGCUGCCUGGGCCGGGCCAAGGAGCCUGAGCUCAUCAAGCGCUCGCUCGACAUGGUCUUCAACGGCGAGGUCAAGAGCCAGGACAUUUACAUGCCUGUGGCCGGCCUCCGCAGCCACCCCGAGGGCAUUGAGGCUCUCUUCUCCUGGGCGACGCAGAACUGGCGUGAGCUGGUCACGAAAUGCCCGCCCGGCCUGUCCAUGCUCGGCACCAUGGUUACGAUCACGACGUCGAGCUUUACCAAGGAGGAGCAGCUGACCCGGGUCCGCGCGUUCUUUCUUGGCAAGGACACCACCGGCUUUGACCAGUCGCUGGCCCAGAGCAGGGACGCCAUCCGCUCUAAGAUCUCCUGGCUUGAGCGUGACAGUGCGGAUGUGGCCAACUGGCUCAAAGAGAACGGCUAUACCUCAUGA